CGGCAGCGCAAUUAUUUGCAAACGGGGAUGGUCUCACGUACAACGACUUCAUUAUUUUGCCGGGGUACAUUGACUUUCCAGCCGACGAAGUUGACUUGAUAUCGCCGUUGACGAAAAGGAUCGUCCUCAAGACUCCGCUCGUCUCAUCUCCCAUGGACACAGUUACAGAAUCCGACAUGGCUAUUGCUAUGGCUCUUUGCGGAGGAAUCGGUAUAAUACAUCAUAACUGUACACCCGAGGAACAGGCCAACGAAGUACACAAGGUGAAAAAGUAUAAACAUGGAUUCAUUAGAGACCCGGUUGUCUUGUCACCUAAUCAUACGGUCAGUGACAUUUUAAAUGUAAAAUCUGAGCAUGGUUUCUGUGGUGUACCUAUCACAGACACAGGAAAAGUCGGGGGAAAAUUAUUGGGUAUUGUUACAUCUAGAGACAUUGACUUUUUGGAGAGUUCGCCAAAUCAACAAUUGACCAAGUUGGAAACAAUCAUGACAAAAUUAGAAAAUUUGAUCACAGCAACUGCUGGAGUGACGCUGCAAGAGGCAAAUGUAAUUCUUGAAAAAUCCAAGAAGGGAAAGCUUCCGAUCGUUAAUGAGAAGGGAGAACUAGUAUCUCUAAUGGCAAGAACAGAUUUGAAAAAAAAUCGUAGUUACCCGAAUGCUAGCAAAGAUGAGAAUAAACAGUUGCUAGUCGGUGCUGCUAUUGGUACCCGUAAUACAGAUAGGCAUAGACUGAUGCUUCUUGUUGCAGCAGGUGUUGAUGUGAUUGUUCUAGAUUCUUCUCAGGGCAACUCUAAAUAUCAAAUCGAUAUGAUUAAGUACAUUAAGUCAGAAUACCCGGAAUUACAAGUAAUUGCAGGAAAUGUUGUAACUACUUUACAAGCUAAAAAUCUCAUAGAGGCUGGAGCUGAUGCUCUGCGCGUUGGAAUGGGGUCUGGUUCUAUUUGCAUCACUCAGGAAGUUAUGGCUGUUGGGAGACCUCAAGCAACUGCUGUAUAUAAAGUUUCAGAAUAUGCAAGGAAAUUUGGUGUACCUGUUAUAGCUGAUGGAGGAAUUCAAUCCAUUGGUCAUAUUAUUAAAGGUCUAAGUUUGGGUGCUAGUACAGUUAUGAUGGGAUCUUUGUUGGCUGGAACCUCAGAGGCACCAGGUGAAUAUUUUUUUAGUGAUGGUGUACGCCUUAAAAAAUACAGAGGUAUGGGUUCUUUGGAAGCCAUGAAUAGAAAAGAUGCACAUGGUUCUGCGAUGGAUAGAUAUUUCCAUAAUGAAAUGGAUAAACUGAAAGUAGCUCAGGGGGUUAGUGGUUCAAUAAUAGAUAAAGGAACUGUCUUAAAAUUCUUGCCUUAUUUACAAUGUGGCAUUAAACAUGGAUGCCAAGAUAUUGGAGCUAGAUCUACCUCUGCUUUACGGUCAAUGAUGUACAGUGGAGACUUGAAAUUUGAAAGAAGAACACAUUCUGCUCAACAAGAGGGAAAUGUUCACAGCCUUUUUUCUUAUGAAAAAAGAUUGUUCUAAUUAGGUAAAUACAAAAUAAGCGAUUCAAAAAAGUACCUGCAUUUAAUUGCAUAUAAUUUAUCAAUUUCAACAAACUGUUUACCGAAUUGUAUAAUGUUACUCAGUUAUUUACCACAAGCAUGUCAGACAAGAUCUUAUUAGAUAAAAAAGAUCAAAGUUAUUUUUUAAGAGCAGACAAGUAAAAUAUAUUUUACCAUUAUUAUACAUAACAAACUAUAUUUUAAAUUUCAACUAGAACUUUAUGUAUAGAUUCUUUUACAUGCCCUCUUAUAAGACUUCAUUUGGAAUGCAAACAUGUAUUCCAUACAUAUAUAAAGAUGUACAGCAAAGUAUGUGCAAGUUAUUUUAGGAAAAGAAACACUGUCUUUAGAAAUAUGAGAUUCUAUGAAAAAUUCAGUUACCUAUUUCUGCAAUGUUUUAAAUGAUUGCCACAUGUAUGUACUUACAUAUAUAUCAUCCUUUAUGUAGGUUAAUCAGUUUAUAAAUUACAUGAUACUAUAGCUAUUAUUGAUUUCUGAAACAAAUUGUAACUGUAUGGUAUUGAGGUAUUUUUUUCUUGCUGCAAUAACUGUACCUGAUUUACAUUUCAAAAAUAUACAACCAUGAAAUCUCCUUUAAAAUUGUAUUAAAAUUUCUACUGAAAUUCUAAAAAAAAAAAUAUUUGAAAUUUGUAA